AUGACUGAAGAAGAUCUUCACCCUGAGAAACACGAUCCACUCCACUUUAAACAGGAGGAGUCAGAGAUGUUGUGUAUUAAACAGGAAGUGGGGCCAGACACCCCCUGCAUUAAAAAAGAGGAACAGGAAGAAGAAAUCUUUCCAGUGACCGUCAGUGUGAAGAGCGAAGAAGAUGAAGGUCCCAGCGAAGGGAGUGGAGCAGCAAAACCUUCGAGCGACAGCUCCUUUCAGCACCUCACAACAAAAGAAGAGGGACAAUCGCAACCUGAUAGUCUCUUAGCUCCGCUCUCGGACAGCGACGACAUAACGUCACACUCUUCUGACUUUAACACUGAUGAGGAGGAUGUUGACUCUGACCAAAAUGCUUGGAAAUCCUUAAAAAAGUCAUCAUUGAAAAGAGAAACACAAGAAUGUGCAGGUGGGAAACCGUUUGGCUGCACACUGUGCGACAAAGGAUUUUCUCGGAAGACUGAUUUAGAAAGGCAUAAGCGUACACACACUGGAGAAAAGCCUUUUGUCUGCACACAUUGUGGUAAAAGAUUCGCCGAGAAGAAAAAUUUAAACAGACAUGCAAGAAUACAUACUGGAGAGAAGCCUUUUGCCUGCUCACUUUGCGAUAAAAGAUUUACUCAGAAGAUUAAUAAAGAAAGGCAUAUGUUUACACACACUGGAGAGAAGCCUUUCGCUUGCACACUUUGCAAUAAGAGAGUUUCUUGGAAAAAUGAUUUAAAAACGCAUAUGCGGACACACACUGGAGAGAAACCUUUUGUCUGCACGUGUUGUGGUAAAAGAUUCACAGAUAAGAAGCAUUUAAACAAACACGCAACUACACACAGUGGAGAGAAGCCUUUCGCCUGUUCCAUGUGUGAAAAAAGAUUUUAUUUUCAGUCUGACUUGACAAUACACACGCGGAAACACACUGGAGAGAAACCUUUUGCCUGCACACUCUGCGACAAAAGAUUUUCUCAGAAGUCUGAUUUAAAAAUGCAUAUGCGUAGACACACUGGAGAGAAGCCUUUUGUCUGCACGUGUUGUGGUAAAAGAUUCACUGAUAAGAAAAUUUUAAGCAAACACUCAAGCACACACAGUGGUGGAGAAAAGCCUUUCGCCUGUUCCAUGUGUGAGAAAAGAUUUUAUUUUCAGUCUGAGUUGACAAUACACACGCGGAAACACACUGGAGAGAAACCUUUUGCCUGCACACUAUGCGACAAAAGAUUUUCUCAGAAUUCUGAUUUAAAAACGCAUAUGCGUAGACACACUGGAGAAAAGCCCUUUAUUUGCACGUGUUGUGGUAAAAGAUUCACCAGUAAGACAAAUUUAAACGAUCACACAAAAAUCCACACUGGAGAGAAGCCUUUUGCAUGCACGCUUUGCGACAAAGGAUUUUCUCGGAAGACCCAUUUAGUAAUACAUAAGCGUUCACACACUGGCGAAAAACCUUUUGUCUGCACAUGUUGUGGUAAAAGAUUCACUCAGAAGAAAAAUUUAAACGGACACGCAAGAACCCACACUGGAGAAAAGCCUUUCUUUUGCUCAAUUUGUGGUAAAAGAUUCACAGAGAAGGGGAAUUUAAACAAACACGCAAGCAUGCAUAGUGGAAAGAAGCCUUUCGCCUGCUCCUUUUGUGAGAAAACAUUUUACUCUCAGUCUCAGUUGACAACACACACGCGUACACACACUGGAGAAAAGACUUUGUCGUAA